AUGGAUUUCUUGGAGGAUGGGAACCACACUGCUGUGACAGAGUUCAUUUUAUUAGGCUUAACAGAUGAUCCAAUUCUUCAAGUCAUCUUCUUCUUUAUUAUCCUAUGCAUCUACCUAGUGACUAUAUUUGGCAAUCUCAGCACAAUCAUUCUUAUCAGAAUUUCUUCUCAGCUCCAUCAUCCUAUGUACUUUUUACUGAGCCAAUUGGCUUUUGUUGACAUGGGCUAUUCCUCUUCUGUCACACCCAACAUGCUUGUAAACUUUCUGGUGGAGAGAAACGCAAUCUCCUACCUUGGAUGUGCUAUCCAGCUGAGUUCAGGUGCUUUCUUUGCAACAGUUGAAUGCUUCAUUUUGGCCAUCAUGGCAUAUGACCGCUUUGUGGCAAUCUGCAACCCGCUGCUUUAUUCAACCAAAAUGACCACACAACUCUGUGUCCAGUUACUUGUGGUUGCUCACAUAGCUGGUUUUCUCAAUGGGAUGUCCUAUACUAUAUUGUUCUUUUCCUUAUUCUUCUGUGGACCAAAUCAAAUCAAUCAUUUUUUCUGUGAUUUUGCUCCUUUAAUUGAACUUUCCUGUUCUGAUGCCAGUGUCCUCACAGUUGUUUCCUCAUUUUCUGCUGGCUCUAUUGUUGUGGCCACUGUGUUUGUCAUAGCCAUUUCCUACAUCUCCAUCCUCAUCACCAUCCUGAAGAUGCGCUCCACCGAGGGGCGGCACAAGGCCUUCUCCACCUGCACCUCCCACCUCACUGUGGUCACCUUGUUCUAUGGGACCAUUACAUUCAUUUAUGUGAUGCCCAGUUCCAGCAACUCAACGGACCAAAACAAGGUGGUGUCUGUGUUCUACAUGGUGGUGAUUCCCAUGUUGAACCCUCUCAUCUAUAGUCUCAGGAAUAAGGAGAUUAAGGGGGCUCUGAAGAGAGAGCUUGGUAGAAAAAUAUUAAUUUAG